AUGCCAGCCAAGAAAGCCACUCGCCCGACUCGGGCGACGCGAACAACAAAGGCAUCAUCCAAAUCGUCGUCUUCAGAAGCCAUUCUCGAUGAGAAUUUUGACACCCCCACCAGCGAGGACGCAGCUGAGGUGAAGAAAAAGUCGACCAAGUCCUCAGCAGCCACGAAGAAGGUGCUGGAAGAGCGCAACGAUAACAUCUCGAGCCCACUCAAGAAGUCGUCCGCAGAGGUGAAGGCAGAGUCGAAAAAGUCGAGCAAGACCAAGAAAUCAGGUAAAAGCAUUACGGCGGAGCAAGUCAAGGAGGACCAGGCGUCAGAUUCACGAGCAACAACACCAGUCCCUUCGUCACCCACUAAGAAACGAUUGCCCGAGGAUCAGGUGCAAGCCUUCCUGCAAAACUACGACUUGGAGGCACAAGCCCGCCUGUCGCGACUUAGAGCCUCGCUCGAGAUGUCCAUUCAAUCCUCUAUCACACGUAUGCGCUUGACCAUCGAACGCAUCCCGCGAGCAGUACGCGAGCUGUCCCUCUCGGACUUUAUCGCCGACUACGGCGCCGACAUUCACAAUUUCAUGAACCGAGCACCCGUGCAGCACCUCAAAGAUACGCAGGAGGAAUGGGAUCAGAUCCGAGAAGACCGCUCGCCCGCAAAGGCAAAACGCUCCAAAAAGGACCCGGCUGACACGGCGGCGAAGACGGAUCGCAGUUCCAAAGCGUCCUCCCGCACCGCGACGGCUGCAGUGGCCAAAAAGAAAGGCACACGAUCAACGCGCCCUGCCGAUCGCUCGUCGAGCGCUAUUCCCACCUCUCCAUCGUCCAGACCCGCGCCCAGCCUCGCGACCUUCCAACCCGACUUGCCCGCCCAGACACCCAGACCACGCAUGGCGAGGCCCGGAGAAGUCAUCCAGUGGCAAAGCAUCAACGGCUCCCCCAUCUGCGGUGUCAUCGGCCAAGACGGACGUGUGGUGCCCGUCGCCUUUGCCUGA